GAAGACAGUCUGGACAGAAGACAACAUCAUCGCAGGGGGUUGAACGGAGGAGCGGCAUGUCUCAGACUAAGAGAUACACGUACAGCCGGACCACGAGCAGUGGCAGCAGCAGGAUGAGCUCUGACGGGGGCGGCCGGCCGGUGAAGGUGGGCUCCCUGGUGGAGGUGAUCGGGAAGGGCCAGCGCGGCACGGUGGCGUACAUCGGCACCACGCUCUUCGCCUCGGGCAAGUGGGUGGGCGUCAUCCUGGACGAGGCCAAGGGCAAGAACGACGGCACCGUGCAGGGCAAACGCUACUUCACCUGCCAGGAGAACCACGGCAUAUUCGUACGACAAUCACAGAUUCAGCUGGUGGAUGAUGGGGAGAACACUACGUCACCGGAGACCCCUGAACCCGCAACCGCUAAAGUGCCAAAGAGAGAAAUAAUGGACAGCUCAAAGUCGGCUAAACUGCGAGGAGCCAAACCCAAGAAGGUGCAGCAUGUUUCACCUACGCCAGCACCCCGAAAGACUACGGCCAGACGGCCUAAGCAGACCACUCGUCCGGUGGGCAAGAUGGGCUCCGGCUCCGCGUCUGCAGCCGAGAUGAGCAGCAGUGAGCCCAGUACUCCUGCUCAGACGCCAUUGGCUGCCCCCGUGCUGCCCUCCCCUGUGGGGACACUCCCCUCGCCUGGAGCCCCGCCCAUCCCGGCACCCAGCAAGGAGGAGGAGGCGCUGCGUGGCCAGGUGAAGGACCUGGAGGAGAAGCUGGAGACGCUGCGGGUGAAGCGUCAGGAGGACAAGGCCAAGCUGAAGGAGCUGGAGAAGCACAAGAUCCAGCUGGAGCAGCUCCACGAGUGGAAGAGCAAGAUGCAGGAGCAGCAGAACGAGCUGCAGAAACAACUCAAGGAGGCCAAGAAGGAAGCCAAAGAGGCGCUGGAGGCCAAGGAGCGCUACAUGGAGGAGAUGUCGGACACGGCGGACGCCAUCGAGAUGGCCACGCUGGACAAGGAGAUGGCGGAGGAGCGGGCGGAGUCACUGCAGCUGGAGGUGGACUCGCUCAAGGAGAGGGUGGAGGAGCUGUCCAUGGACCUGGAGAUACUCAAGCACGAGAUCGAGGAGAAAGGUUCAGACGGGGCGGCCUCCAGUUAUCACGUCAGGCAGCUAGAAGAACAGAACGCAAGACUCAAAGAGGCGCUGGUCAGGAUGCGUGACCUGUCUGCGUCGGAGAAGCAGGAGCACAUCAAGCUGCAGCGGCAGACGGAGAAGCUGAACGGAGACCUGGACGGCCUGCGCUCCCAGAGGGACAAGCUCAGCGACGAGCUGCGGGGCUCAGAGAGGACCGUGGACGAACUCAAGGAGCAGGUGGAUGCUGCCCUGGGUGCGGAGGAGAUGGUUGAGACUCUGACGGAGAGGAAUCUGGACCUGGAGGAGAAAGUCAGAGAGCUGAGGGAGACCGUCAGCGACCUGGAGGCCAUCAAUGAGAUGAAUGACGAGCUGCAGGAGAACUCGCGGGAGACGGAGCUGGAGCUGCGGGAGCAGGUGGACCUGGCGGCCACGAAGGUGCGCGAGGCCGAGAAGAGGGUGGAGGCCGCCCAGGAGACCGUGGCCGACUACCAGAACACCAUACAGAAGUACCGGGAACUAACCGCACAGCUGCAGGAAGUGAACCGUGAUUUGAUGAGCCAGCAGGAGGCGGAGCAGCAGCAGCCAGCGCCUCCUGACAUGUUCGAUUUCAAGAUCAAAUUUGCUGAAACCAAAGCCCACGCCAAGGCCAUUGAGAUGGAGCUUCGCCAGAUGGAGGUGACCCAGGCCAACCGGCACGUCUCCCUCCUCAUGGCCUUCAUGCCGGAGUCCUUCCUCAGGCAUGGCGGAGACCACGACUCCCUACUGGUACUGCUGCUCAUACCACGACUCAUAUGCAAGGCUGAGUUGGUGAGCAAGCAGGCUCGUGAGAAGUUUGACCUGACGGAGGGCGGCGGAGGGGGGGUGUCGAUGAGGGGGGGUCCCGGGGAGCAGAGGAGCUUCGCGGCCGGCCUCGUCUACUCCCUCAGCCUGCUGCAGGCCACGCUCCACAAAUACGAACAGGCCCUUAACCAGUGCAGUGUGGAGGUGUAUAAGAAGGUGGGCGUGCUGUAUGCGGAGAUGAGUGCCCACGAGCGCUCGCUGGACUUUCUGAUCGACCUGCUGCACAGGGACCAGCUGGACGAGACCGUCAACGUGGAGCCCCUCACCAAAGCCAUCAAGUACUACCAGCAUCUGUACAGCAUCCACCUGGCUGACCAGCCUGAGGACUGCACUAUGCAACUGGCAGACCACAUCAAGUUUACCCAGAGUGCCCUGGACAGUAUGGCGGUGGAGGUGUUGCGCUUGCGUGCGUUCCUACACUCGGGGCAGGACGAGGCGGCGUUCACCGUGCUGCUCAAGGACCUGGAGACUUCCUGUUCGGACGUGCGGCAGUUCUGUAAGAAGAUCCGUCGACGCAUGCCGGGAACCGACGCCCACGGCAUCCCAUCAGCCCUCAGCUUCGGCCCACAGGUGUCGGAGACGCUGUCUGAGUGCAGGAAGCAGCUGACCUGGGUGGUGGCCGUACUGCAGGAAGUGGCGGCAGCAGGGGCACAGCUGAUUGGUCCCCUGAGUGAACAGGAAGGACUCUCUGCUGUCAAAGUGGAAGACAUGGCCUUCAAAGCAGCCGAGCAGAUCUAUGGAAGCCAGGGUGUAAACCCACACGAGUGUCUGCGGCAGUCAUGCAGCGUUGUCAUAGCAACCAUGAACAAGAUGGCCACCGCCAUGCAGGAGGGAGAAUAUGAUUCUGAGAAGCCACAAACAGGGACACCACCUGUGGCUCUGCGUGCGAGUGCCCUGAGGGCGGAGUUUACUGAUGCUGAGGGGCGUGGCCUCAAGCUGGAGGACAGAGAGACUGUCAUCAAAGAGCUGAAGAAAUCUCUCAAGAUCAAGGGAGAGGAGCUGAGUGAGGCGAGUGUUCGUCUCAGCCUGCUGGAGAAGAAACUGGACAGCUCCUCCAAAGACGCCGACGAGAGAGUGGAGAAGAUCCAGACCAUGCUGGACGAGACGCUCGCCGUGCUGAAGAAGAAAGAGAAGGAGUUUGAGGAGACCAUGGACGCUCUGCAGGCCGACAUUGACCAAUUGGAGUCGGAGAAGGCGGAGUUAAAGCUUCGCAUGAACAGCCAAUCAAAGAUGACCAUCGAGGGUUUAAGAGGAAGCCCCAACUCUGGCAUCGCAUCUAUAGUCUCCGGCAUCACAGGAGGUGUGUGUCCGGGUGUGGGGAUGCAGGUGAUGGACUCUCCUCUGCUGAUGCAGCAGAUAGACGCCCAGAGGCUCAGCAUCAAACACCUGAAGAACGACAACAACAGGCUCAAGGCCGAGCGUAUGCGUGCCCAGCUGGCCUCGUUGCCACCCCUGUGUGUGCCGCGGCUGCCGGUGCGAGGGGGCGGUGAGGUGCAGUCGGGGGCUCUCUACCGCAAGACACAGCAGCUGCUGGAGACACUGCUACAGAUGAGCGCUAACGUCAGGGUGGUGGACAUCACCGGCAAAUCACCAGUUAGCCCCGGGGCCCAGUUGCUAGAACAGACCGCCAGACUGCAGUCCCUGAGUGACACUCUUGAUCGCCUGAAAGAUGAGGUAGCGGAGCAUGUGGUAAUUCAGAAGCCUGGUGCACGUGUCUCUACGGACUUUGCCACGUUCCCCUGCACCUCUUUUGUCAAGGCGAAGGAGGAGAGAAGAGGCGAGACCGUCUUGAUUGGCCGAGUGAUGGUUCCAUGCUCCCGGGGACAGGAGGCCGUGCAUCGCCUCGUCCUAUCACAGCCCGAGCUACACAGAGUGCACCGCCUACUUCUCACCUAGACCCCGCCCCCCUACCUACCUAACCCAUGGAACUCAACUCUUAACUGCUUAGGCUUCUACAUGCAAUGUUCCUCUUCUCCUCAUUCCAUUGUCAGGGUUGCCUAUGCUGACCAUCCGUCUGUCCAUCACCCCACUGACAGAGAGUGACAUCCUUCUGAACUCCCGAUCAUGACUGUAUACCGUCAAUGAUAUGUAUAAUGGUGAAAAAACAUCGACCCGGAAAUGACCAAACAAAACAGCAGCAAAUAGACAAAGCAGAGAGAGUAGAUAAGAGAGAGGUUCCGCUGGCCCAUUGUUUCCAGGUUCUAUUGUCGCAAGGGGGAGGGGGGGAAAUCCCCCUUUUAUUUAGGCAGACCUAAGGACUGUUCUAUUUAUUCUAGGAGCAUUAUGACACGCCCCUUUAGGCAGACUGGAACCUGGUCACGUUAGAUGCCCAUAGAAACCUAUUAUGUUGGCAUAUCUCUAUAUACUUAAAGCAUCUCUGGACAAAGGGUUUGGCUCAGCCUUCAGUAGCCUCAGAAAGCACACCAUGUUCCACUAGUGCGCAGCACUGUAGUAGUCAGUGGAAAAACUGAACUGCUGCACUACUAAGGCCUUACACAGAGCCAUUGGUAAUGCUGCAUUAUAUCUUGGUCAUUGCCAUUGUGAUUACGCAAAUAUUUAACAGUGGUUAUGCCUUUAACGGCUGAAGAACUCAAAAUGUCUUUGAGAGAAGUUUGAAAUGAGAGGCGUUGUGAAAGGCGCACUUGGUGAAUGAAGACUCUCUCCAGUUACACUCCCACUGUCUGUAAAUCACACUUACCAAAUCUUCUGUGUUAACAUGAAAGUCUUGAACAAUUGUGAGGUGUUUACACAUACAUUUGAACAUCAAUGCAGAUUUUUUUGUGAGAAACAGUUGGGAAAAUCGAAUGUGUGUCGUGGCUUUGUCACAAAUGGUCACAAAUGCGGCAAAAAAUUACAUAUGGGGUGCAUUCGUAAUUUCAACCUGACGCUAAGGAAAGGCAAUACCACAUUAUGGUUCGAUACAAAAGAGCAUUCUACGCUUGAUAAACAAACGAAAUCUAGGAAUUUACAGAAAGAUUCUGAUUGAGUUCUGAUUGUUGCUCAGAGAAGUCACCGUGGCAGGUCAUCAACAUUCAUUAUGGGACAAAAACACCAUCUCUAUCUUCACUGGCAGCCCAACCUCUCCAUGUAUCCGUGCUCUACUUCACUGAGCUCAGCUCCACAUUGCAUCCGUGCCGCCCCUCGGCCGCUGGCUCUUAUGCACGUCAUUCUAGUAACACUAUAGGUUUUUAAGGGUUACAUCUCUGAGGGGAAAAUCACAAUAUUGAUUUACAAUAUUGACAGGAUUGCCACUGCUAUCCUCAAAGCAUGAACACUACUGUAGACAAGACAAAAUUGGGAUUUUUCUCAGUCUAUGGAAUGAUGAGAAAUUUCACAGUGGUUAUGAAUCUCUGAUUGUCUCUUUUUUUACGCAUGAUGCAAGCACAGCAUUGCCCAAAAUUCAGCCACACACAAGCAGUCAGAGCAGUCCGUUUACCCCAACCGACCAACCACGUACGGUACAAGCAAGCACAUUACUACGCUUCAAUACACAAAGGCAGCUUAGGCCAAAGGUGUUUCUCAAUAACCAACUGUUUCCGCUGUGUGUCUGUGGUGUGUGUCACUGGCUGUGCACUUUUGUUAAUGCUUGAGUGCCAUAGAUGCUUUUUUGGUUCAUUGAAGUCUUACACAUGCUAACAAUUUUAAAGAAUUAAAGAAUAUUUGCAGGGUGCAAAAAAAGGGUUUUUAGAAUGGAACAGUUCUAGAACCAUUCCAUCUGACUGUUUUGUCUCCCAAGAAAACCUUAGAAGGAAUUGGGUUCCCUGUAGUACCAUGGCUUCAAUUAGACGCACACAACUAAGCUUUCAAUAUGAAUGUGGUCUGGUAGCUUGCUGUGUAACAGCCGCAAAUGCGCACACUGGUUUUGCUUUCCGACCACCUCAGUAUUAAUGGAUGUAGAUAUUUCUCUCUUUCCCUGUCUCAUGCUUUGCUAUGACAACUGCUGUCAACUGACCCUGACGUUCUAAGUGCCACAGUAAAGAAAAACAAAAGACAAAGUAAAAAAAAAAAAUGUAAGCCUAUGAGAUGGCAGAUUUUCCUGUCAGGAAGUUAGUGACAUAGCAAACAUCGUCACAGAUGGUCUACCCUUGACUCGCUUGGAAAGAGUCAGAGAGUGGGUUGGCAGCAGUGGUCAAUGGUGUGCCUUUUAGUAGCUACCGGGUGAUUGACAUGAUUGAUUCAAGCGCAUUAAGUGUUUGUUUCUUGUCUGUGGUGUGUAGAGGUUUGUUGUAUGUAUAACAACAAAGGAUGUCAUUCCUUAAGUUAGAACAUAUUGUGAGAUGUGCUUUGCUAGUUCUUAUCUCCUUUUGGAAGUGAACAUGCAGGGGUUAGUUCGACUGGGGUUACAGUAAUUCUGUACAGUGGAACAAAAUCCCAAAAGUCCUUAAUCUGAUUUUUUUUUGUUUUCUACAAAUAUUAUUUUAGUCUUAUGCGUAGUCAUGUUGGGAGUGUGUGAUUGCGAAGAUGUCUAUUUAUUGUGUACUUACAAAUUGACUUAUGAAGGUGUUGAUGUUGGAGAAGGAAAACACGUGCUUUACCUGGUCUGUCUACAAUAUUCUGCGAAACUGAUUAGGUAACAAUAAAUGUAUUACAACA